AUGGCUGGACUACCAGAUAACCCUGAUGACUGCGGGGGAUCCGUACUUUCCCAUGACGGUCUUGAGGAGGAUCCCGAAGAGGAUCCUGAGGAGGAUCCCGAUGAGGAGGAGCUCGAGAAUGAGGGCAUAUUUCAGGAUGCCCAAGAGACUGAUGAUGAUGGUCCUGCAGAGGAUGAGGGAGACCUCUCCGAAGAGGAACCUACUCCCCUUACCCCACCAGACUCACCACCGAGACCCUACUACCAGCCGUACCUUCUGCGCGGCAAGGGCCCUUGUAUGAUGAGGACCCCAGGAACUACUAUAUCUCCUAUUUACCACUUGGACCCAGCUGCUCAGGUUUCCCGACCCACUAGUGGUCUAUUAGGGAAACGUAAUCGACCCAGUGAGCCAUCUUGGCUCACAGACCUCCUUAGCAGGAGGGAUGCUACUGAUCUACCACCACGGUUUGAGGUUGGUGAAUCUUCACGAGCACCACUCAGGUUUAAUCCUGAGGAUGAUCCGAUACCUCGCUUGAUGACUCAGAUUGAUCAGACCGGGGAUAGGAUUAGAUCCUUGGAGCAGUUUGUGAGAGGUCCAGACUCUACUUCCCUCGACCAUCGAGUUGAGACACUCGAGGAAGAGGAGAAGGAGAAUUCUGAUGCGAUCCAGAUAUUAUAUCAUCUCUCGGGUGCUGAUCAUGAUGCAGUGAAUGCCUUGAGUGCUCAGGUAAGAGCACAGAACUACCGGAUUCAGAUCAUGGAGAGCGAGCUUGCUGCGUAG